AUGGCAGACGGAGCUGGUAUCGACCGCAAGGCUGAUGAGAAGAUUCAAUUCUCAACCUCGAAGGAGGUCACGGUGCAUCCGACCUUCGAGUCGAUGUCACUGAAAGAGAGCCUCCUUCGCGGUAUUUACGCAUACGGGUACGAAUCACCGUCCGCCGUCCAGUCUCGAGCCAUCGUCCAGAUCUGUAAGGGCCGCGACACUAUCGCACAGGCACAGUCCGGAACGGGUAAAACGGCCACCUUCUCCAUCAGCAUGCUCCAAGUCAUCGAUACCGCCGUACGCGAGACACAGGCGCUUGUCCUCUCCCCGACCCGCGAACUUGCGACACAGAUUCAGAGCGUCGUGAUGGCCUUGGGAGACUACAUGAACGUGCAGUGCCAUGCUUGCAUUGGUGGCACCAACGUGGGCGAGGAUAUCCGCAAACUCGAUUACGGCCAACACAUCGUAUCGGGAACUCCAGGUCGUGUUGCCGACAUGAUCCGCCGCCGCCACCUGCGCACCCGCCACAUCAAGAUGCUCGUGCUCGAUGAAGCCGACGAGCUUCUCAACCAGGGUUUCCGGGAACAGAUCUACGACGUGUACCGCUAUCUUCCCCCUGCCACCCAGGUCGUGGUUGUCUCGGCCACGCUCCCAUACGAUGUCCUCGACAUGACAACCAAGUUCAUGACGGACCCGGUUCGCAUCCUUGUCAAGCGUGACGAGUUGACGCUCGAAGGCUUGAAGCAAUACUUCAUCGCCGUGGAAAAGGAGGACUGGAAGUUCGAUACGCUCUGCGACCUGUACGACACCCUCACCAUCACUCAGGCGGUCAUUUUCUGCAACACACGGCGCAAGGUCGACUGGCUCACCGACAAGAUGAGAGAGGCCAACUUCACCGUCAGCAGCAUGCACGGCGACAUGCCGCAAAAGGAGCGUGACAGCAUCAUGCAGGAUUUCAGACAGGGCAACAGCAGAGUCCUAAUCUCGACCGACGUUUGGGCCCGUGGUAUCGACGUCCAGCAAGUGAGCCUGGUCAUCAACUACGAUUUGCCAAGCAACCGUGAGAAUUACAUCCAUCGUAUCGGCCGUUCGGGUAGAUUCGGCCGUAAGGGUGUGGCCAUCAACUUCGUUACGAGCGAGGAUGUGCGCAUUCUACGAGAUAUCGAGUGUAUGUGGCUCCCAUCUCCAUGCUUUAGCUGUGGCUAA